AUGGGCCGCGACAAACAAGACAAGGCUGACAAAAGAGCGCGGCGCACUAGGAAGAAGGACAAGGAAACCCUCGAGCCACAAGCGCCUCCACGCGUGUUGCCUCCAUUGCGCAAUCCGCCAUUGCCGGAUAUCCCCAUCGCAGCUCCGCCACCUCCUGUCACUUCUUACGGGGACUCGGCCAGCCAGCAAGUGCACAACCGCGAACGGAUGGCUUUGGAUGGCAUGGAAGACGGUGCGCGUGCGCAUAUAUCCGGACAGGAGCUUGACGCCACAGGCCCUACUGCUCGCAAGCGAGCCAGAAGCCCGGACUCAGCGUGUGAUCAGCACACUCAGAAACGCGCCAAGAAGCUCACGAAGAUCAUAGCAAAGAUGCACCACGACAUUCAUUCUGACCGGGUCACCCAUGAUAUCGACAAUUUGCGCAUGGCAGCACGGCUUGUAUCACGCGUCAUACACCCGUUCAUCAGCUCGCACGACGCGCUUGUCUUUGGGGCAAAGUAUGCUCAGGAUAAUCCCGAUGCGGCCAGUGACGACUCAGACUCAGAUGACGAUGACGACGACGAUGAAGACCAAGAUGAGGAUGUGGCCAAAGCAGCCAAAAAAGCGCGGGAAGAUGCUCGCCUCCAAAAGCGGGAGUAUCUGUAUCAAUUCCACGCGCUCCUCGACAUCAUGCCAGACUUGAAGACAGACCUGGACAUCCUCGACGAAGAUCAGCUGAUAACGUACUCAGACUUUGCUUCGCGUGGAGACGACACAAACUCGCUCCGCAAAGAUAUCCUUCUCCUUUAUCGUGUGGAUGGACUCAAGCCGCACGAAGACUUCUCUAACGCGCCCUUGAGUCUUGCAAAGCAUCUGCGCGGGUGGAACAACGACUAUACGGCGCGGUUGUUGUGCCCUCAAGAGUGCCUGUCGACCUUUGACGACGAACCGGAGAGCUUCCGUGCGCGCGUGCUUGCCGGCGAUAUCAAAAUCACGCCGGGGGACUACGCAUCUCUCCUGUAUGACCUGGACCGCGACAACGACCUACCCUUCCAAGGGAAUGAGCAGGUUGGCCUGCUCAAGAGCGCCUUCUUGGCUGCUUGCUACAAGCGCCUGUGGACUGGGCGAUCAUCCUCGUUUCUUCCCGGAGUUUGUGCGGGCGUAGUGGUCGGCAUGCAGCCCAUUGCACGUAAGUACAAGGUCGGCCGUGUUAGCCCGCGCAGCAUCGCGUAUGUGGCCAUCUUGGCGCGUUUCUGCCUCAGCAGUGCGCCGCACUUCAAGGUCUUCGAUGACGUCGGCAAGUUCAGCAACCUCGAGCUCUACACUCGGAUCGUCAACCUCUUCAAUGACGCCAACUCUCCAUGGUGCAAGGAGACCCUUGCCUGGUGGGACAUGCAGAUCUAUGGUGUCGCUCCUGCCGUGCCCAUCAAGGGCAAGGGGCACCAAGAAGUCUCAGCAGCCGAUCGUCUGGAGCUCCGACAGAAAGCAGAGAAAAAGGCGCGUAAGCUGGCGUCCGCGCUCGCCCGUGUGGGGGCCCCCGCGCAAGUGCAAUCGAACCCGGGAUCGGACGCCUCCGGCUCGUCUUAG